AUGCCGCCUCCAGCGCGGCCCAUCAAGCGGCUUCUUGUCGCAAAUAGGGGCGAAAUCGCCGUUCGUAUCCUCCACGCCGCCCGCGAAUUGCCCACCCCCGUCGAGACAUUCGCGCUCUACACGGAAAAUGAUCGCUCCCACUGUGAUCUGGGCCGGCCACGGCAUGCCCUUCUUCUCCCCUCACAUGCAUCGUACGUGGAUAUCCCCUUCCUUGUCCAAUUGGCGCGUGAACAUGCCAUCGAUGCAGUCCACCCGGGAUACGGGUUCCUGAGCGAAAGCGCCGAAUUCGCUCGCCGCAUGUGGGAGGAGGCUGGCGUGGUGGUCAUCGGUCCCGGAUGGGAGGCUCUGGAGCAGAUGGGCGAUAAGCUGCAGGCGAAAGCGCUCGCUGUGCGCUGCGGCGUGCCCGUCCUGCCGGCCCUGAAGGACCCGACCGGCGACAUCGGUCAAAUCCGCGGAUUUGCCAGGCAGGUGGGAUAUCCCGUCAUGAUCAAGGCUGUCGAUGGCGGAGGUGGCAGGGGCAUCCGGCUGGUUCGACAGGAAUCCGACCUGCAGAAUGCCGUCGACCGUGCCAAGGGGGAGUCGCCGUCGCAGACUGUCUUCGUCGAGAAGGCUGCCGUCCGCGGUUUCCAUCAUGUCGAGGUGCAGGUCGUUGGUGAUGGUAGUGGCCGGGUGAGACACCUCUGGGAGAGGGAUUGCAGCGUGCAGCGAAGGUUUCAGAAGAUUGUCGAGUGUGCGCCUGCAGGUAUUGGUGACGGAAGGUUGAUCGAGAAAGUCAUUGACUCUGCGCUCAGAAUGGCCAGUGAGUCCCGAUAUCUUUCUCUCGGAACCUUUGAGUUUCUCGUCAACGAGCACCAGCAAGAGUUUUACUUCUUGGAAAUCAACCCACGCCUCCAGGUCGAGCAUACAGUGACAGAGUGUAUCACCGGUGUGGACCUGGUGCAGACACAGCUCCUGCUGGCCCAGGGCUAUUCUCUGCAGCAGCUGGGGUUGGAAGACGCGAUCCAGCCGCCACAUAGCUACUCCAUCCAAUUGAGACUGUGUGCUGAAGAUCCAGGCGCAAAUUUCGCUCUGAGCAUCGGCAAGGUGACAGAAUUCAUCGUCCCCACGGGGAACGGCGUCCGGGUCGACACCAACAUCUCGCCGUCGUCUCCCGUCAUCGUCGGAUCAGACUUUGACAACCUCAUGGCCAAGAUCAUUGUGACGGCGGCAAGCUGGGAGGCCGCUGUCAGCAAGGCCCGACGAGCCCUGAGUGAUACGAGGAUAUCCGGAGUAAAGACCAACAUCGACCUCCUUCGAGGGAUCGUCGACCAUGAGGAUUUCCUUGCGUGCAGGACCGAUACGCAGUGGCUGGAGGGUCAUCUCGAGUCUCUUGUUCGCACAGGUCGAGCUCUAUCACAUGCCGCAGGACAGCAAGAGUCUGCCAUCACGCCCGUCACAGGUGCAGCAGUCUCGUCAGCAGCGUCAUCCGCAUCUGCUCCAUCCUCGACUGUCUUGUUUCGCAAAGGGGACGCCUGGUCCAUCACGCUCGAACCACUUUCCCAAGACAGUCAAUCUUCUUCCCUGCAGAAGACACAGCAGAAUCUCCCCCACCACCUGCUCCUUCGGCGCGUCCUCCGCAACGAAUUCCCAUCCUCCUUCUCCGCCGAAAUCGAGUAUACCCUCCCAUCAUCAUUCACCGGUGGUAAACCCGGAACGACAGCCUACAGACUGCACGUUACAGAAACCAACACGUCAGCUUCAGCCCUGACAUCCGCCUCCCAUCGCCGCGGCGACCCGACAAACCCCGACCACAUCCUUCUCCCGUUGUCGGGCAAACUGAUCGAGGUCCUCGUCUCCGAGGGGGACGAGAUCGCCGAGAACGAGGUCAUCGCGUUCGUGAAGCAGAUGAAGAUGGAGCUGGAGGUGCGCAGUCCCCGGGCGGGGAGGGUGAAAUGGGCGCUGGAAGUGGAUAACGAGGAAGAGGGCGAGGAUGUUGCCGAGGGGGUGUUAUUGGUGGAGUUGGAGGAUGCAGGUGGAGCGAGUAAUAAUAAUACUAAUAAUGAUAGUGGUAGUGCUGGUGCAAAUAGUGAUACAGGGACUGGUAAAAGAAGGAUGGGGAAGCUGUAA